CUAGGGUUUUGGUGGGGGAGAGUUGUUUGUUUUUUUGGUAGUGGCAGCAGGAAUCCUGAAUGGAUCUAAUCUAGGACUGGGGGAGCUCAAUGAACGUGUUCACAUCAGAACCCACUUUGCCUCUCUUAAUCUGGGCAGCUCUGGCCGAGGACUGGAUGGGUAGUAACUGAUGAUCUAGUCAGUCAGCAAGUGGUCAGGGAAUUGCACCCCCUGAGAGAAGAGUUGCUGCAGCUCCCUCCCUGCUUUGGAGGAGGGCAGGAGGCGGGGUUAAGUUUGGUGGGAAACGCUGUAAUUUCCUUUUUCACUUUCACGACAAUAGUGCAGAAUCCAGAAUGAAUGUCUUCUUUGUAGCCAUCCUUGCUGUGCCGCUUAUCCUGGGACAAGAAUAUGAGGAUGAAGAAGGACUGGAAGAAGAUGAUUAUUAUCAGGUGGUCUAUUAUUACACAAUCACCCCCAAUUAUGAUGACUUUGGUGCAAAUUUCACUGUUGAUUACUCCAUAUUUGAGUCAGAGGACAGGCUGAACAGCUUGGAUAAGGAUAAGGAACCAGCAGAAACUACCAUUAGUCGUGAAACAGAACACACAGACCAUCAGAAGCCUAUAACAGUGAAACCAGUGACAACGGAACCACAGAGUCCAGAUCUGAAUGAUGCUGUAUCCAGUCUGCAGAGUCCUGUUCCCCUCCUCCUGUCCUGGGCCCUCGUUCAGGGGGGGAUGUAUUUCAUGUAGAAGGAGAGAGAAGGCUGCUACGACUCUUUGGAUGGGGAUUUGGGAAGAGGAAAUUGGAAGAUAAAACAAAUAAACGAAACAAUCUGGUUA